AAGAUGACGGAGAAUCUGAUGGAACUGCAACAGGGUUUAAGUCAUUUGUUUAAAUACUGCGCAGACACAUUUAUUAAGUCAGAGGAUGAUAUAUGCUUGAUAUGCUUUGAGAAAGUAAAAGGUUUAGCAGUCAAGACUAAAUGCAAUCAUUUGUUUUGCAAGUCAUGUCUGGAUCAAGACAUGGAGAUAGAUCUAACCAUGGGGUUAGAGGAGCAACGGAAUUGUCCAACAUGCAGGACUGCUAUAAACCGAAAUGAUUUUUCAUCCUAUGGACAUGUACCAAUUUAUGAACCGCCCCAAGAAGCCAUGGAUAUUGAGCCGGAACACCGGUACAACGAGUUUCCAAUUUUCACUCAACUUUCAUCCUUUAUCCAGGAACGCUGGUUCGAUGCGAUUAUUAUGAUGAUUAUUAUUUGUAUUAUGAUACUCCUCGUCAUCUUCAAAUUUGAUAGAUAUGUUCCGAAAUCAGCUGAAAGUACUGGUCAGCCCCCUGACACUCUGUCAGGGUAUAUGCUACAUACUGUUUUACUGUUCAUUGCUGUUUCUUAAUGUCCGCGAUCAACAGAUGGCGCUGACAUUAGGUCCGGUCCAUGGAUCUAAGAAUCGAUGGAGCGUAGAGUGGAUUCAUUGGCAAGGAGGUUGCCAAAUUUGCGGUUGCAAAAAAAAGGGGAAUGAGAGCGCUCUCUUCUAUCCGCUUAUCGUCUCUUUCUACAAGAAGACCCCAUCGGCUCGGUAACGAAAUUAACCGAAGACGUCCGAACGAUCCGAAGAUACUCGAAAACGCUAAAAAGAGCAUUUUGACGUUU